AUGCUUAUACAAUCUUUGUCACUGUUAGUUGUUUUGCUUAUAAUCUAUGAAACUUCCAGUUCAUUUGUUAACAGAACAACAUUAGCACCAAUACAUAAUUCAACAACUGUAGUUAAGAAACUUGGAAAAUAUGCACUUGGAGAAAAAUCAUCGGGUGUUCAAUAUAUGUCCGAAAUUGGCUCACGUUGUACCGAUGAUGGAUUUUUUCCUGAUAAAAAUGAUUGCCGAAAAUUUCAUGUCUGUUACGGUGGUAUACAAUCAAUUCGUCGAUGUAAAGAAGGUAUGUUAUGGGAUGAAACAAAGAUUGGUUGUAAUAUGCAAAAUAUUACAAUAUGUACUGGUGGAAGACAAAAAUGGAAACAAGAUGAUGAUCCUACUGAAAUGAUAUCAAAAUCGGUUAGAGCAAAUUAUACAUGUCGAGCAGGUGCAAAUGGAUUAUUUGCUGAUCCAAGUUCAUGUUCAUUUUAUCAUUGGUGUGUUCAAGGUGUACUUCAUUCAUCCCAUUAUUGCAAUCUUGGUUUACAUUUUUCAGCUAGUGCCAGUGGAUGUGUUCUACCAAUAGAUGCUGAAUGUGAAGGACAAAUUGCACCACCUUAUUCAUCAAUUGAAUGUGCAUUAGAUCGUUCUGGAUACUUUCCUGAUCCUUAUGAUUGUUCUGUAUUUCAUUAUUGUGAUGGAGUACGAAUUCAAAGUGAAGCAUUACUUUGUUCUGCUGGUCGUGUAUGGAGUUCACGUUUAGAAAAUUGUGCUUGGCCGCAUGAAGUACCUGAAUGUAUAAAUGCAUGCCCACCUAAUUACUCUAGUCAAAUGCGUUUUGCUGAUCCAGCUAUAUGUUCACAAUAUAUUCAAUGUGUUGGUGGUAGUUUACAACAAAGAACAUGUUCAAAUAAUCUUCUCUUUGAUCGUAUUACAAAAACAUGUAAACCCUAUGAACAAGCAGAAUGUCAUGGUGAUAAAUCAGAAUUACCAGUAACACAAACAAAUAAUUUUUAUGCAUUCUCCGAUGGAUUUGAUAAUAAUCCAAUGCCAUCAGAAGGACCGAUUAAAAAACAAAGAACAAAUCAAUUUAAUUGUUUUGUUGAUGGUUAUUUUGGUGAUACACAAGAUUGUCGCAUUUAUCAUGUAUGUGUUGAUGGACGUGAUUAUCGUUCUGUAUGUGCACCAGGUUUACAUUGGGAAUCUUUAUUACGUUUAUGUUUGCCUGCUCAUCUAGUUAGUUGUCAAAAUUCAAAAUCAAUUGACUCAUCAUCAGGGUCAAAGCAAAAUUGGCUUCAGUUAUUUACUCGAUCUGUAAUAAAAACAACGACAACAACAACAUCACAAACAACACCAUUAUCUUUACCCUCGAUUUUUACUUGUGCUGGUCGUAUCAAUGGUUAUUAUUCAGAUCCUAUUCAUUGCCAUAAAUUUCAUUAUUGCGGAACAGGUUGGCAUAGUGUUAUGGAAUGUGAUAAAGGUUUAGCAUAUUCUGUUCGUGAACAUGAUUGUAUACCUAUCGAACUUACUAAUUGCAAUAUCAAUAAAACAAAAAAUAAAUAA